AUGAAGUGUUCAUUAGUGUUGUCAGUAGUACUGGUGCUGUGUCUGAGUGCUGUCCAAAGCGCCAAACUAGUGAAAAGAUCAGCCGGUGUUGGGUUUACAGGGGGUCGUAUCGUAGGGGGUAGGGAUGCAACUGAAGGUCAGGCCCCAUGGCAGGCCUCUCUACUGGUAAACGGGUGGUUCGGGUGGAGUCAUAACUGCGGCGGCACUUUAACGGGCAAACGAUCGGUUGUAACGGCAGCUCAUUGUACGGAGGGUUACACCAAAGACACCUUAAAAAUACAAUACGGAGGACUCGAUAGGACUGCAUUGACAUACGACAACCCCAUUGUCCAGAUAAAUGAGCAUGAUCAGUGGAAUAAGCCGAGUCAAUUUGACUACGACUACGCGGUCAUCAACUUAGAGCGAGACAUCGAAGUGGGCGGUAAUGUCGGGACACUAGAGUUGGCACAAACCGAGCCUAAGACGGGAGAUAAGGCAGACCUGACCGGAUGGGGCGCCACCUCAUACGGCGGUGCACUACCGGUGCCCCUACAGUACGUACAGUUCGAGAUCUUAUCGCAGGCCGAGUGUAACACCCAAUACGCGGGUCAGAUAGAGGUCACCCCCAGAAUGAUAUGCACCCGGAAUCCCACGGCCAGUGUUUGCGGCGGUGACUCGGGUGGACCAUUAGUAUCCGGUGGCAAACUGGUGGGUAUUGUCUCCUGGGGACGCAGUGGCUGUCCGGCCGACACCCAGACAUCCCCCAACGCCUACGCAAAUGUGGCUAACCUUGUGGACUGGCUUCAGCAGAGAAUUGUCUAA